AUGUCCAUCAUCAGCCUCGAGCUGCCUCGAAACUCCAUAGUUUCCAUUGACGAUAACUACAUUCGCCCCACUCGCAACAACAGCACGGCUAGCUUGAGCUCGAUGGGCCCAGCAACAGCAGCAGCGUCUCCCUCGGAAACUCCUAAGGAAAACUAUGUCAUUUCCAAUAGACACAAGAUGCGAUCCAAGAACACCACCUCAAGCGCCAUUGUCUCGGACGAAGACUCCGAGCUGGAGUUGUACAUGGUCCAUGGGAAGAUGAAGUGGCGUCGUAACUCCAACGAGAAGGCCCAGAGGGUGCUGCUGUUGUCGAGUGUCAAGAAGGACUUCAAGUUCAGGUUUGAGAAGAAAAAGGCCGCAGGCCAGCUGGCCUCGUCGACGCCUACGCUGACGUCAAUUGCUAGCCAAUUGGAGGAUUCAAUGCCCUCUCCACACUCUUCCUUCUCCCACGAUGGCUUUCUGCUUCCACAUCUGCAUCAUCAUAAUCAUAAUCAUCACCUCCCAGCUCCCCCUCCACUUCCCCAGCAUGCUAUACCCCUGCAUCCCUCCCCUCAGCAUAUAAACCAGUCACCCCCUUUACAACCACAUCUGCCAAGCACCUUAUGGACCCAGCAUAAUGCUCAUAAACAUUCCCAGUCUCCUGGGAGCCUGAGCCCUGAAGAGUCAGACGUUUCAGCCUCGCGCAAAAAAGCUCGUAGCUCCUCAAUUACGCAAACUAUGUUUCUAAAGCGACGCAUGCUUCUUUCUAAAGACCUUCAAUUGGAAUUGUUGGAAUCGAGUCUUUCUCCCAACUCUGUUUCAAAUACUUUGAAUUCGGACACCAAGUUCCCAUCUCCGUCCCUGCAAUAUUCUCGCAAACCCAAUCAUAUCAUUGGAGAUGAACCCAUUUCUCCCCAACUGUCCCUAAAUCCUCUUCGAGCGCUACGGUCGCCGUCUCCGCCUCCUCAUGGUUUUCCUUCUCUGGAGGUUUCCAGCAUACGUCUGCAAAACAAGCUUAUAACUGAACUCAACAGAAAAUGGAACAAAGCCACCAUGGAGAUGACUGAGAAACGCCUUGAUUUAAAAGACCCAACCACUGCAACCCCGUCGAAAAAGAGAGACCGCUCAGAACUGGUGUCUAGCACGGAUAGUUACGCCAUUCACUAA